CGAUAAGUGUUUACUUAAACAUUUCUGCAGCAUUUUUGUGAAAAGUUGUUUGGAUCUAAGAAUCUUCAAGUUUUCUCAUAACCCCAAACCCACUUUAAAUGGGUACAAAGCGUCGCAACAUCGAGGAUGAGCUCUCACGCUUCGAGGCGGAGAUCUCGAAGCCUCCCGCCCGCAAUCUCUUCGUGCCCAACCAGGUGCGCCCGAUCAUAGCCGCCAACACAUACCACAACACGCAGCACAAGUUGCAGCAUCACCAGGGAAUUGGAGGAUCGCGUCUGACAGUACCCCCGCCCCCGAUCCCGCCCCCACCCACAUUUAUGUCAACCUUUGUGCCUACGGGCAGUGGAGGUGGCUCCUCUGCCAGCUCCAAGCCAAUGUCGGCCACUCCCGUAGUCCUGAGCAGCGCCCCCAAGCUUUAUCAGUGCCGGCAGUCUGUGCGCGUGCCUACCGUGGCCGUCGCGACCUCCAUUGAUAUCAACGCCGUCUCUUUUGACGUGACGCAAAAGCUGAAGAAGCUUAAAGCGGAGAAGUCCGGACCCAAUCCUAUUGCAGAAGAGGCCAUUAAGGCGGCGCGCGCAUCAUCGGCGCUGCAAUCCUUCCAGACAACGGAGCGGAAGAAGAAGGACCGCAAGACUGUACGUAUCGCUGGCGGCACAGUGUGGGAGGAUACUUCGCUGGCUGACUGGCCCGAUGAUGACUUCCGCAUUUUCUGCGGUGACUUGGGAAACGACGUCAACGACGAGGUCCUCACCCGGACCUUCAACAAAUUCCCAUCGUUCCAGCGGGCUCGGGUAGUGCGGGACAAGCGCACGGGCAAGAGCAAGGGAUUCGGCUUCGUGAGCUUCAGAGAACCAGCCGACUUUAUACGGGCGAUGAAGGAGAUGGACGGUCGCUAUGUGGGCAGCCGACCUAUCAAGCUGCGCAAGAGCACGUGGCGACAACGCAGCCUUGACGUGGUUAAGAAAAAGGAGCGCGAAAAACAGGUGCUGCUGCAGGCGUUCAACUCCAUGACCUGAAUCUGAGUGUGCAUACCCUGUCCUUGAAGCUAGUUUCGGCCACUUUGAUGUAGCAAAUUAGAUUUCGAUGUUGCUGCCAAAGAUGGGCAAUAAAUUUACGUUUAGCAAUUGA